UGUCUCAGUCGCACAACUGCUAUGUAGAAAAUCAGUGGCUGGUAAACACAGCUUUUCGCUUUAGUAAGAUUAUAAACCAAAAGUCAUUAGUAAUAAUAGUGUGCAAUAGAAGGAUAACCAUUUAGUAGCAUUAGAACAAUUCUCAGUCGAGUUGUGGUCGCCUUCGACUCUCGCAAAAUGCCCGCAGUGCGCAAAUAUCGACGCGAGACAAGUGAAAUCAGUUGCUGCCUUAAAUACUUGCUCUUUACCAGCAAUGUAGUCAUAUGGAUGGCUGCACUCCUCGUACUUGCUAUUGGUAUUUGGGCCUGGACCGAAAAGGACAUGUUUCGCAACAUCAGUAAACUAACGUUCAUCGCAUUGGAUCCAGCUUUUGUGCUCAUCAUACUGGGCACCAUCACAUUCAUGCUCGGCUUCAUGGGCAGUGUGGGUGCACUGCGCGAAAAUACGUGUCUGUUGGGUGCAUAUGCAAUAUUUUUAAGUGUACUGCUGCUUAGUGAGAUUGGCUUUUGUGGAUUGGCGUUUGUGCUCAAGGACAAAGGCUGGAUCAAAGAUCAGGCCACCGAGGGCUUAAGGGCUUUCAUCAAACACUACCGCGAGGAUCCGGAUCAGCAGAAUCUGAUUGAUUGGAUACAGGAGGAUUGGUUGCAAUGCUGCGGCAUUGAUGGUCCCAAGGACUGGGAUAGCAAUAACUAUUUCAAUUGUUCCUCUAUUGCAAUUGGCAGCCGUGAAGCCUGUGGCGUUCCCUUCUCCUGCUGUCGCCGGCGACCACAGGAAGUGAUUAAGAACAAACAAUGUGGCUACGAUGUGCGCAAGGAGGGCUAUCCUGUGGAUAGAAACAUACAUGAGCGUGGUUGUUUGCGCGCUGGCGAGGAUUGGCUGGAGACACAUCUAAUUGGUGUCGCUGCCUCGUGUGUUGCCCUGCUCAUCACGCAGCACGGAGAGCUGUCCAAGAUCAUUUAUGAAAAGGGCUGUGUCCAGUCUGGCGAGGAGUGGAUAGAGCAUAAUUUAAUUAUCAUUUCCACGGCUGCAAUUGGUGUUAUGUUUUUCCAGAUUCUGGGUAUUUGUUUUGCACAGAAUUUGCGUGCCGAUAUUUAUACCCAAAAAUCUAAAUGGCACUGACAAAUGGCGCACGCUGUCCCCACAGCACUUUAGAGAGAAAUUGGAGAAAAAAAAGGAGAAAGGGUUGAGGUAAGGUAACGACAACACCAACAGAAACAACAUUAGAAACAUUAAUAGCGACUACAACCAACUACAACUAUGCAUCUACGUUAGUUAACUAUACUAAACUAUACUGUACUAUAAAUACCUAACAAAAUGUGUGUCUACUAAAACACAAACGCAUUCCGUCUUCAUGGACAUUGACUAAAAUAUUAACUAGGUUGCCAAAUUUUUUGCUGUUUUACGUAGGCUUCUUUUUACCCAAAAUCCACAA